CCUAAAUUACUAUUCUAAAUCAACAAAAUAUCAAACCUUUUCUCGGCAAUUAUCUUUAAAUUCCACCGAGUACAAACAGCCACUUGAAUGGCAAGAGCAGUUCUUUUUUUUUUUAAAGACACGGUCUGUAGAGAAAGUUGAGAGAGAUGGGGAGAGAGGAAGAGCAGGAAGGAGUCAUGGCCACCGACUUUUUCUGGUCGUAUACGGAUGAGCCACACGCUUCAAGGAGACGCCAGAUCCUCUCUCAGUACCCUCAAAUUAAGGACCUCUUUGGCCCUGACCCCUGGGCUUUCCUUAAGUGAUCGAAAGUUGAGAUUUUUGUGCAAUUUAGUUUAUGGGGUUGGGUGGGGGAGACUUGUGAAUCUGCUAUGUUAUUUGUAUCUUCAUCCUCGUUAGUUGAAUUUGUAUUUUCACACUGUUUCUUCAUGGUUUUCAAUUUGUGAUUAACUUGGCAUGGAUUUGGAUUUGAUGAUACAAGUGACAUACUUUUCUUUUGGGUAUUUAUUGAUUAAUUGUUGUUUGAGAUAGGUGGAAUGUCCUCGUCCCAUUUGACAUUACUUUAUUUCUGUUACAAGAUUGAAAUAAGAUUCUCAAUCAUGUAUCAUGGGUUUUCUUUGACUGUGGUAUUGCAGGUAACUGUGGUUGUUUUACUUCAGCUGUGGACUGCUACAUCUCUACAUAGUGCAGGCUGGCUGAAAUUAUUGGCAAUAGCCUAUUUCUUUGGUUCCUUUCUCAACCACAACCUCUUCUUAGCCAUCCAUGAGCUCAGCCACAAUCUCGCCUUCUCAACACCGGUCUACAACCGUUGGCUUGGGAUUUUUGCUAACCUCCCAAUUGGUGUGCCCAUGUCUGUGACUUUCCAAAAGUAUCACCUCGAGCAUCAUCGGUUUCAAGGAGUAGAUGGGAUUGAUUUGGAUAUCCCAAGUCAGACAGAAGCUCGUGUUGUGACCAAUGCUGUCACCAAAUCCAUUUGGGUCAUCUUACAACUCUUUUUCUAUGCUCUCCGCCCCCUAUUUCUCAAACCAAAGCCCCCUGGUUAUUGGGAGUUCAUCAACUUGUUUAUUCAGAUAGCUCUUGAUGUGGCCAUGGUUUGGUUUUGGGGCUGGAAAUCUCUUGCUUAUUUGAUUCUUUCAACAUUUGUUGGGGGUGGAAUGCACCCAAUGGCUGGUCAUUUCAUCUCAGAGCAUUAUGUAUUCAAUCCCAACCAAGAAACAUAUUCUUACUAUGGUCCCCUAAAUCUCAUGACAUGGAGCGUGGGGUAUCACAAUGAGCACCAUGAUUUCCCUAGGAUCCCUGGGAGCAAGCUCUACAAGGUGAAGGAGAUUGCACCUGAAUAUUACGAGAGUUUAGAGUCCUAUAAAUCCUGGAGUCAGGUCAUUUACAUGUAUAUUAUGGAUCGGACUGUGGGGCCAUUUAGCAGAAUGAAGAGGAAGCCAGCAACUACCAAGAAAGCUAACUAGGUUUUCUGUUUCUCCCAUUUGACACGUCUUCCUUCUUGUCCAUCUCUUGGUCUGGUGUGAUUAUUUCAUUUUUCUUUUUAAGUUUUGUCAUUUUAGUAACAUUCUUGAGGAGUCAAAUUUUGUGUUGUUGUGGUAGACUGAAGACAAGCCGCUGUUCAUUUGUUGACCAUUAUGAAAUAUUACUUUGUUCAUUGAUUUAUAUCGCCAAAUCAAUCUGAGAU